AUGCGCAGGCCACCAGGAGGAGCGCAGGGAGCCCGCCUCACCCGCCUGCCCUCCAUCAAGCUCCUCAGGAAGGAGCUGAGACGCCGCCAGGCCGCCACCACACUCCACGCCAGCAGCCUGCAGAGGCUGGUCGAGCGCCAGGCAGAGGACCUGCUGUCUCUCCUGCACCGGCACGGGCCAUCCACGGAGGGGAUCUUCAGGCUGGCGGCCGGCGAGCAAGCAUCCCGGCAGCUCCGGGAGGCACUCGACACGGGAGCAGAGGUCCACCUGGAAAGCCAGCCAGCCCACCUGCUGGCCGUCAUCUUGAAGGACUUCCUCCGAAAGAUCCCCUCCAAGCUCCUGCAGGCACCGCUCUACCAGGAGUGGAUGAGUGCCCUGCAGAAGGACAGCACGCUGGAGAAGGUGGCAGCACUCAAGGAGUAAGUGUGCCCAACAGCCUGCCUGCUCCACGGGGACUUGCCUGCAAAACCACGGAUGGCCUCCUGGACAAAGCUGUCUUCUGGGGCAGGCACCGCUGGCUGCUGGGGGGUGGGGCCUGGGGGGAAAG